UUCCUUCGAAAACUUUUCAUAGUUUGGCCUGUCUUGAUCUACUUUGACUUUGUUUUGUUGAAGAACAGCAACACAAACAAAAUGCAAACGUCCCUCAGUGUAUUAUCAACUACAAUUAUUUGGGCAGCAAUUUUCAAGUGUUCAGCAAGUGAGGGCACCAAUGGGGUCGAGGAAGAAACGAGGUUGCUUGAGCGACUCAAGAGCUCCCUUCCGAAACACCGGCCGCCAAAAGACAUGCGUAAUGACUCAGUUCACAUCUUCGUCGACUUGUACAGCAUCUCAGACGUGAACGAGAAAGAUGGCUACUUGUACAGUAAAAUGUGGCUGUGGUAUUACUAUUACACUGAUUCGGCCAAGUGGAACAGCAGUGAGAUGAGCAUAUCUACCAUUCAGGUCCCGCCAUACACUUUUUGGCAUGCAGACAUCAUUGCCCUGGACGCCAUAGACGCCCUGCCUGUUGUGUUCGACCGUCAAGUGGUGUUCGGGUGGAAUGGGAUGGUCAUCUUCUACUCCACUCUGGUGUCAAUUAAGUUCGCCUGUGCUUUUGACGUGUCCCACUUCCCCACCGACAGUCACAAAUGCAGACUCCGAUUCGGACAGUGGACAUCCAGCAAAUUCCACUACAGAAUAACGAUGGACCCAAUGAUACCGACUGUGGCUGCGGAUUUGAAGCACUACCAGGACAACGAUGAGUGGGAUCUGGUGAGGCCAGUACCCCUGCGCUUCGGAACCCACGACUGGAGAGGCCAGGCAUACAUGGACCACUUGGAGAUUGUCAUACAACUGCAGCGCAGAGGUCUCUUCUACAACAUCGUAUUCAUGCUUCCCAACAUUCUACUCUACAUGCUGUCAACCCUAGUCUUCGUCAUCCCAGUCGAGUCGGGAGAGAAGGUCGGAUUCUCCAUGACUAUCCUCCUCGCCGCAGUCGUCUCCUUCGGAGCCAUAUCCGAGAUGCUCCCAGCCAGUUCCCUCAACUUCCCAGUCAUAGCUUAUUUCCUGGCUCUAGUUGUGUCCCACAUGGCUCUGGAUACAUUUCUCACUACCAUAGUGAUUAAUGUGCAUUUCAUGGACGACCGCUUCAAAAUGCGAACUAGUCUGCGAAAAAUUAUUUCCGGCAACGUUCCGAUCUUUUUCGGUCUCAAGCCAUGUCCCAUCGAGAAGGCGUUACCGAGAAAACGGGAGCGGGACGAACGGAACCAGCUGAUGGAACAACUGGAAAAAGGACACAAUCAGGAGAAUGUUAAAAAAGAUGACGGAGAUGACGACGGGAAGAACCAAAAAUGGGCCUCAGUCGCAAAUAGGCUCGGAAAGGCGUCCCAGGUAGCACUGGAAACAGCUGCUGGAACGAAUAAGCGCAAGAGUUUCUUGCUGACCCAGACGAAUCAAUUUCUGAAGGCGGUGGACCAGGUGAGAGUGCUGGAGAGCGAUGACAACAUGGACUUCCUCUGGCAGUAUCUGGCCAAACUCAUAGACCGAGUCUUCCUCUAUCUUCACAUUAUAAUCGCAAUCACUGUCAUGAUUGGAUUCUUUGGAGCGACUUGAAGCUACAUAUGUGAAACACAGCUUGGAAACAAUCGGGAAAAACCUUCCGACAAGUUGAUAGACUUCUUUUUUAUGCGACUAGCCGCUGUAUGUGAGCUGAGAGCAGUUUGAUGUAAACUAAGGAAAAUAGCUACUUAUGUAAUUUAUAAGAAAUCACUAAUAGCAAUAUUUGAAGACCAUUUUUAGGACCCUUUAUUAAAGACUCGAUAUAACUAAAAAAAACUCUUCAUUUUUUUCACUUGCAG